UACUGAAAGUAAACAGUGUUGCCAAACAAUUAAAAAAAGACCGCUGUUUCUGUUCUUGAAGGCCUGUACUCAUCGGCAACACUGUUUUUCGAUCUGUUUCUUUGCGCCUUUUUCUUUGACGUCAUCGCAGGACGCUACACACUGUGUGCGCCAUUUGCAUUGGAUCUUUCUAGAUUGCUGGUUGCUUCGAGAUAUUUUGGGAUUAUCAGACUGCUUGUAGAUUGGUUUCGAACCUGCCAUUUUUCGUGAAGUUGUUCAUUUCUCCGUUAGGGCGUUAGUGUUAGAUGAUACGCUGCUCUGCGUAUGUCACAGCAACUAUUGCAAUAUAAAGAGGCAAAAUGGAACAACAAUGCGCUGCAGGCGUGAAGCGACCAAAAUUGAUGCUGACAAAAAAAAAAAUGGAAAAUUCGUGAUUGCGUCAACUCAAAGAGAAUAUACAGCCAGCUGCGAAACUUCGUCUACAAGCACCAUGAGUCAAAUAAUACACAAGAAAGAAAACAUACCUAAGAACAUAUCAUCAACUUUAUUGCAGCCAGAAUUUUUACAAACGAGCACCACAGGCGAAGAAAGCUCAACGUUAAACCUUCACCCUCAGUUGCUACAUGAAUUAUCAUGUAAUUCUAUUGAGCAUUUGGAUUGCAUUACUAAUAUCGAACAAAAUACUCCAAUGCCUUCCUGCCAGAAGUCAACAAAACAUUUUCUACCAACAUUUCAAUCAACUGCUACUCAAACCAACUUUUUAAACAGUGGUGAACAAAUCCUAUCGGAUAUUUUAGUUAAACUGGAAAAUAUACAGGAGGAGCAAAAACGACAAGCAGAAAUGAUGAACAACAAAUUUGCUGCUAUGGAUCGACAAAUUAAGUUAAUACGAUCAGAAUUCAACAUCGUGACUGAUGAGCUGAUUACACGAUCUGGAUUUGUUCAGCAAACAUACUUUGAAUGGGAACCAGUUAAAAAUCAAGAGGAUUUAGAUAAUCUGGAGUGCAGAUUGGCUGAACCCGAAUUUAAGAAAAACUUUUCUAAAUAUUUGGACAAUCAGCUUUCUACAGAAGGUUCAGAUGACCGCUUACAUGACGCAAUGGAUAUUUUUUCAACAGAGAGUUUGUAA